GUAUUAGGUCUGCUGAUUCGGAGGAAUCACGCGGAAGUAGUAAAUUAGACGCAUCAAGUAGUGCAAAUCACCAACCAAAACAGUGACAUUUUGGAAAACUAAUGAAAGUAAAGUUUAUUUUAUUUUAAACAAGAGGACAUGUGCCAGUUCCAUUCCGAUAGUUAGGUUAUUCCGUAGAGGUAGCCUAUAGUCGCUGAAUUGUCAUCAUCAGAUAGAGUUAUGGCAUGUAGCGACUUUAUGGUGUCAAUGAAUGGAACUCAAGUUUCCUAUAUUGGACAUGACUGUGAGGACAUCCCAGAGUAUCUUGGAGAAAGAUAUGGACUCUUGACAAGACGGCUAGAUCUCAGCUUCAAUCAGCUAAGGUCACUGGCGGGCCUCAAAGCGUUCACUGGGCUGGAAGAACUGGUCGUCGACAACAAUCUGCUCGGAAACGACCUCCAGUUGCCCAGGUUACCCACCCUCCACACCCUAACACUCAAUAAGAACCAACUGACUGACAUUGAGGAGCUGCUGGAGCACUUGGCGAAGGCAACACCGUCGCUGCAGUACCUCAGCCUGCUGGGAAACGAGGCCUGUCCCAACCAGCUGGUCAGCCUGGACAAGGAUGAGGACGACUACCAGAGAUACAGGUAUUUUGUUCUGCACAAGCUACCCUCCCUAAAGUUCCUAGACACUAGGAAGGUUUGUAAGAUUGAACAGCAGGAGGCAGAGGCACGGGGAGCCUUCAUGAAGGUGGUUAAACCCAAGGUGGCCCCAGGUGACCCCAGGUCUGAGUGUUCCUUUAUGCCCUACACCCCUCUACCCAGAGGCUCUAGAGACGGCAAGAACCACAAAGGUGUGUUCGCCAAGUGCCAUUACGUCUACUAUGGAAAGCAUUCGGAAGGCAACCGAUUCAUCCGCAAUGACCAACUCUGAUGGACCGACAGAGAGACGCAAACACACGCACACAAGCUUCAUUAUACAAGUCGUUAAAUAAAAAUUCAAACAUCUUCAUUAAAAUGUCUCUUCCAUAAACUAUACUGUCACUCUCAGACCCCAGUGCUGGGGCCGUAUCUAUCAAGCUUCUCAGAGUAGGAUUGCUGAUCUAGAAUCAGUUUUCGAUCAUGAAUGAGAUUAUAUGGACAGGGGGGACCUGAUCCUAGGUCAGCAUCCUUCUCUACGCUUUAUGAAUACGGGCCUUGUAGCGUAGUGGCCUGGUCUCCUCCUCCUCCGCUGAGCUGUGGCUGGCUCUCCUGUCAGCUCCACUCUCCUGCCCCAGAGUGAACAUUGACACUCACGUUGACAUAAUUGCAUUCAAGCAGCAGUGCUCCACAUAAACACAACCAUAUACAAAAAUGCAUGCAUGCAUGCACACGCACCCACAGAACUGUUCACGCAAGUGCAAGCACUCUCUCUUUCACACCCACCCAAACAACACACACACACACCCCGUGGCCACAGUGAUGGACAGCUCCAGCCAAGCGGCUGAUUUGACAGCCACAGCAGCCAUGAUGGAUCACCCGUCCCCUACCGCCACUCAUCAGGGGUCAGAGGUCAAACCUGAUGCCUCACUGGGCCUGUGUGAGUGUGCAUGUGUGAGGGGGACUGGGGCGUAAUGAUGUAUAUUUCAAAACGUAAGCAUACAGUAAAUUUCACUUUUAGAGUGUCAGUUAGGAGAAAGAGAUACAACAUAAAACAAAUAAAGUUUUUAAAACCUUUACAAUUCCCACCCCUAUGCCCACCUAUAGAUACAUGAUAUAAGAUAGGUAGAUGUUUACACCUGACACAUGUCCAUCUUCUCGAAAUUGGGGCUUGAGAAUGUUAACAGAGGGGAUUAGAGAGAGGGUGGGGGCAAUGUCAGACAGGAGAGGGGGAGGAUGAGAGCUAAACUAAAGUAGAGGAAAGUUAGGAUAACUUUUCUCAAGGAGUCCAACCUUGUGGUUCUGAAGCUGUAUUUGAAUGGAUACAGGGCUUGCCUGCAAGAGUAACAACACUUACCAUAUGUGUUUAGAGUUAUGCUGUUGGCAGAUAUAUUUUACUAUGGUCUGUUAAUCCGUUUAGUAUUCAAUUAUUGCAUGAUAAUGUACAAUUUGAAGAGAUGUUAUAUUUUCAAAUGCAUAAUGGAAAGAGAAUCCAACAUUCCAAAACAAAAUAAAUUAAGAUUAGAGACCAAAGAAACAUUCAACCUCUAACACUGUCAAAUAGUUUCACUAAAUUAGGUUUGCUAAAUUCUGGUACCAAAAUGUCCAGGUUCUCCAGAAAUCCUAGUUGGAGGGUUCCUGCUCAUUCCCUCCUGUUUGCGUUGAUCUUCCAACCGGGAUUUAAUGACAUUUUGGGGAUGGUUACCAGAAUUUUGCACCUCUGAAUGUUCUACUGAAACUGAGAUUAAUAAAUUCAUUUUAAUAUCAUCAAUAUCAUUAGUAUGGAAUUAAUAAAUGGUUAGUUCAUUGUGAUUUAUGAAUAUUACCUAAAUGGGGUUAUGAAGGAUUCAGAAGGCAUGCUUUUAACAUAUUAUAGCAUCAUAGUUAGGAACUGUAUUCCCACAUCUAUAAAAUGUAUGGUCAUCUAAAGUAUUUAAUGUAGAGUGGAGCUUCAUAGUUACGUGUUGACAUGUGUACCUUAAAAAUGAUUCGGCAAUGAUCAUGUAUUCUAAAAACAUAUGUUCCAUCAUCAUUUGUCGCAAUAAAGAAAGUUAGGCAAAAUUAAAUUAAAAAUAAAACCAUUACACAUGUAGCAAUGAUUCUUUUGGCGACAUUGCUUUUGUGAAAUAAACCUGGAAACCUGC